CCCCUUGCCCUCGCGCGCCAAACUUUCUUCUUCGUUAUCGACUGCGCGAAAGUCGAAUUCGAAUCAGGCCUCUCCUUCCAGUCGACCUCCGCUCUACCUCAGAUUGGUGCUUCCAGUCAGCAGACCACGAUGGUCGUCUUUCUUGCGGCGUCUUUGUGUGCGUCCCCACGGGCCUGGUCUCGCAAUCAACUCGUCGUCAAGCAUUCUUCGCUCAGGUUAAACUUUGAAGAGUUGCUGUUUGUCUUCAUUUCUUCAGCCUUGCCCAUGUAUUGAAGCUCAAAUUAAUUCUAUUCUCUGGACCUUCUUUGCUUCUUUGGUAAUUUGCUAAAGUAAGAUAUAUCCCAAGAAUUUUGCCCAUCUGCGAUUGAUUUCUUAUCGUUACCUGGACUCUUGCCCCUUUCGAACUCGCCCAUAAGGUGUUUGAUAAAUGUCUUGAGUGAAGAAAGCAAUAUUUCUGUUUAAUGGCAAACAGUAAAUAUGAGUAUGUGAAGUCAUUUGAAGUUGAGGAUGAGGUGGUGUUUCCUAAUCUCAUUGUUGUUUGGAUCAAUGGUCGUAACUUUGAAAGGCUUUCCAAAAUUCAUGAUUUUGAGAAACCAUGUGAUGAGAAAGCUCUGCAAUUGAUGAAUUCCUGUGCUGUUUCGGUGCUUCAAGAGUAUGCAGACAUUGUUCUAGCAUAUGGGUUCAGUGAUGAGUUCAGCUUUGUCUUCAAGAAGAGCUCCAAAUUCCAUGAAAGGCGAGCUAGUAAAGUUUUAUCCAUAAUCACAUCUUUCUUUGCAUCUGCGUACGUAAGAAAGUGGAGUGAGUUCUUCCCGCAACGGGAGUUAAAGUACCCUCCUUCCUUCCAUGGAAGGGUUAUAAGUUGUGCAUCCAUUGAAGUCCUUCAGGCAUACCUUUUGUGGAGGCAAAAUAUCUGUCAUGUUAAGAAUCAAUAUGAUCAAUGCUUUUGGCGUCUUGUCAAACGGGGAAUGACUGAAAAGCAGGCACAAAAUUUUUUGGAGGGUGCUGAGAAACAUGACAAAAAUGAUCUCCUGUAUGAUGAGUUCAAUCUCAACUAUGCUGCCCUUGAGCCUAUAUUUCGCCAAGGCUCGUUUGUUGCAAAAACUGUAGUGGAAGAUAUUGUGAAGUACAAGGCGAAUGGUGAUCCCAUCAAGAGACCAAGGAGAAAGAUCAUUACGGUGCAUUCAAAGAAGAUUGCUAGUAGAAGAUUUUGGAAUGAUAUGAGUACGCUAGUAAAGGAGCUUGGUGGGUUUGUGGAGGAGAUUGAUAAUGUAAAAUCAGAGUAUGUAAAGUCCUUUGAAUUUGACGCUAAGUUGAUGCCAUUCACAUGGAUUGUGGUCAGAAUUGAUGGGUGUCACUUCCACAAGUUUUCUGAAACACAUGAAUUCAUGAAGCCGAAUGAUGCAAGAGCUCUUAAUUUAAUGAACCUAUGUGCGAUGGCCGUGUUAGAAGAGUUUCAGCCGGAUGUAGUAUUUGCCUACGGGGUUAGUGAUGAGUAUAGCUUUAUUUUCAAACAAAGUAUUCUAUAUCAAAGGAGAGCUAGUAAAGUUGUUUCUGCUAUAGUUUCAUUCUUCACAUCUAUGUAUGUAAUGAAGUGGAAAGACUUUUUUAAGGAAAAAGAAUUGAAGUACCCUCCUUCUUUUGAUGGAAGAGCGGUGUGCUAUCCAUCAAGAGAGAUUCUUCGUGACUAUCUUUCGUGGAGGCAAGUGGACUGCCACAUCAACAAUCAGUAUAACUCUUGUUUUUGGAAGCUUGUUGCUUUGGGGAAAAGCAAGAAAGAAUCCCAGAAUAGUUUGAAGGGGGCUCAAUUGCAGAAAAGACUUGAGGAAUUGGAAAUUGACUAUAGUAGUUUGCCUAUAAUGUUCAGACAAGGAUCCUCAGUUUUCUGGAGCGAGAGAGGCAAGUUUCUCAAGCAUCAAGAGAAUGAAGAGUCUUGUGAGAGUCAUAGAAAAGUCAUUGUAGAACACUGUGAUAUCAUUGGACCAAGGUUUUGGCUAGAGCACCCAAGCAUCCUUGACGGGAAGUAAGCACAUGUGCGAACGUUCUUCCCAAAUGUAAUUGUCGAAUCUGUGGCCCGAAGGUAGAGCAGGGUGUGACUCGAAAUUCAAUUAUCAGAGUGACACUAGAUUUCAUUGCUAAGGGAUUUUGGUAUUAUUUAUGUCACUUGGGAAGCAAGAAAUGAUAUGGUACAUGGAAAAGGCCUAAUGGGCCACAGGGAAGCUCUAUCAGUCAUCUCACACUAUCUUUCUUAUAUUCCCCCCCCCCCCCAAAAAAUUUUAGGCAAGCAACCUCCUAGCAAGCGGCGAAUUCAAUCCACUCCUACAUAUUGUAUCUGGUUUUCAAAGGUUGAACGUCAAAAGUUUCUGAUUUACCAAGGGGUUAGAUCACCCGUAGGCAGAGGAAUUUUUGCACUAAUGGGGAAAAAAAUUCUUCGAGCUAAAGUUGUUGCCUUGCACCUCUCUCGAGGAGCUGGCAGUUUGUACGAAAGUGGUAGCAACCUUGCAUGUUUUCCGUAA